AUGGGUGGACGCGCAAUGAUGAGGCCACCAAAUGCUGGAAGAAAUCAACCGAGAGGUGGCAGAGCACAAGCAGUGGGACGUGUAUACGCUAUAACGAGCGCUGAGGCAGCAAGCUCAGGUAAUCUCAUAAUUGGUGAAUGCUUGCUGUUUGGUAAACCGUGUUGUGUACUGUAUGAUUCUGGGGCAACUCACUCCUUCAUCUCGAAGGUGUGUGUUGAAAAACUGGGUUUAGAAGUGAGUGAGAUGCAGUUCGACCUGGUGGUGUCAACCCCAGCGGCUGGCGAAGUUAGGACGUCCACUAUGUGCGUCCGAUGUUCUAUAGAAGUGGAGGGGCGAAUGGAUUGGUUGGCUACCAAUAGCAUCCUUAUAGAUUGUGGUAAGAAGGAAUUAAUUUUUCCUGGUGAAGAAGAAGAGGAAUUGUCAGUGACGCUCGGUCAACUGAAAGAAGAUAUUAUGGAGGGCGCCAGCUGUUUUCUCAUAAUGAUGCACGAAGACAGGGAAGUUGGAAAUGUGAGUUUUGAACGAUCGUCCAAGGACAAGUACAGUGAAGGACGAUCGGUUGUGGACGAAUUUCCGGACGUCUUUCCGGAAGAAAUACCUGGGCUUCCCCCUCCUCGUGAAGUUGAAUUCACCAUUGAUUUGGUGACGACGGCAGCUCCUAUCUCUGUUCAGCCUUAUCAGAUGUCGCCUGCAGAAGUUAAGGAGGAAGACAUCCAGAAGACAACGUUCAGAUCUCGCUAUGGACAUUAUGAGUACGUGGUGAUGCCAUUCGGAGUAACGAACGCUCCAGCAGUGUUCAUGGAAUAUAUGAAUCGCAUCUUCAGGCCGUACUUGGACAAGUUUGUGGUCGUCUUCAUAGAUGAUAUUCUCAUCUACUCCAAGACCCAGGACGAACAUGAAGAACACUUGAGAAUUGUACUUGGCAUACUGAGGGAGAAGGAGUUGUACGCCAAAUUGUCAAAAUGUGAGUUCUGGAUGAAGGAAGUUCAGUUUUUGGGGCACAUGGUGUCGGCUGGAGGUAUCUCGGUAGAUCCAGCUAAGAUACGAGCAGUAUUGGAGUGGGAGAGUCCCCGUUUGGUCACUGAGGUUCGUAGCUUUGUGGGGCUGGCGGUCUACUACAGAUGUUUUAUUGAAGGAUUUGCUAAGAUAGUGGCUCCGCUAACUCAGUUGACCCGUAAAGAUCAGCCGUUCGCAUGGACCGAUCGGUGUGAAGAGAGCUUCCAAGAAUUGAAAAGAAAGUUAACGAGCGCUCCAGUGUUGGUCAUUCCUGACACGGCCAAACCUUUCGAAGUGUAUUGUGAUGCUUCUCACCAAGUGGCGGACGCCCUAAGCAGGAAAGCAGUUCAUAUCUCAGUUAUGAUGGUGAAAGAACUCAGUCUGGUGGAGAGCUUUAGAGACCUAAGGUUGCAGUUCGAAUUGGAGCCGGACAAUAUCAAAUGCUGUAACCUCAGAAUAGCAAGUAAUGUAUUCGACCGGAUCAGGAUAAAGCAACGGGAGGACGAAGACCUAGUAAAGAUUCUAAGCGUGCUCGGUACAGAUAAAGCUAAGCAUUUCAACACCGGAACGGACGGUCUUCUACGCUACAUGGAUAGGACAUGCAGUGAUGUCGCUCGUUUCGUGGCAUCAUGUCUGACUUGUCAACGAGCAAAGGCUGAACAUCAGAGACCGGGCAAUUUACUUCAGCAGUUGGAAAUUCCUGAAUGGAAGUGGGACAGUAUCUCCAUGGAUUUCGUGACCCAUCUACCACGAACGGUCAGAAAUCAUGAUUCCAUCUGGGUGAUCGUGGAUAGACUAACGAAGAGCGCCCACUUCCUAGCAGUUAACUUGAAGAUGUCGAUGACCAAUUUAGCUAAGUUGUAUAUCCAGGAGAUCGUUCGACUACAUGGAGUCCCUUCAAGCAUAAUUUCUGACCGAGACACGAGAUUCACAUCUCGGUUUUGGCAAUCUCUGCAAGGUGAAUUGGGGAGCAGACUGCAGAUGAGUUCAGCUUAUCACCCUCAGACGGACGACCAAUCUGAGAGGACAAUCCAGACGCUUGAAGACUUACUGAGGACGUGCGUCCUAGAUCAUUUAGGCGCUUGGGAUGAAGUCUUGCCGCUAGUGGAAUUCACGUAUAACAACAGCUUUCAGGCUAGCAUCGGAAUGGCGUCGUUUGAAGCUCUCUAUGGAAGAAAAUGCCGAACGCCACUUUAUAAGAGAAGAAGACCUUUGGAGUUCGCUGCAGGAGAUCUUGUAUUUCUUCGCCUCAACCCGAUCACUAGAGUAGGCAGAGUCGUUCGUCCAAAGAAGCUAUCCCCCAAAUUCAUCGGACCAUAUCAAAUUCUGAGGAAAAUCGGACCAGUAGCGUACGAGCUUGCAUUACCGCCUCAACUGUCGAACCUUCACCCCGUCUUCCACGUUUCCCAACUUCGGAAGUACAUAGAGAACCCAUCCCACGUAUUGGAGUUGGAAGACGUUCGACUUCCUCCAGACCGAACGUUGGAGAUGCAGCCGGUAUGCAUUGCAGAAAGUGAUACCAAAUAUUACAAGCGGAAAGCUGUCCGAGUGGUGAGAGUGGUAUGGGACGCAAGGACUGGUGACUUAACGUGGGAAGUGGAGAGCGCCAUGAAGGACUUGUACCCCCACUUAUUUCUGGGACUCGAGCAAAUUAUGAAGCUAUGGAAGUUUGGGGAGGAAGAACGUGAAGUUGUAAAGGCUAAUAUUAGCCAACUAAAAGAUCAAAUCGGUCAAAUCUUGGAGGCUUUGAAAGCCAUGAAGGUCACAAGAGAGACUUCAUUUGUAAAGGCCGAGGAUAAGGCUCAUCCUCCAGCACAUAACGUUAUGGGCACACAAUUGACGUUUCCAAUGUAUGGUUUACCACCAGGUUACACGUCGCCCAUUGGAGAUCACUCAGAGGCAGAGCACACUUCAUUGGCAUUUCCCAUAACCAAUAACGUACUAGCGCUCAAGGGGCCUAUCCACACGAUAGAGACGAAGGCAUGGAGGAAGCGAAAAGUAAACUUGAAGUGUUAG